UCUCUGCAUUUUUGGCGCUGUGAGGGACCUUCGCCAACAGCAAUUUAGUUGUACCGCCGUUUCGGAAUCCACCCAAUUCUCUAAAACGCCGUCGUUUCGAUUCCGUCUUUCCCUCUCUCUUUAAAUACCUAAUAACUCUUUAGAAUCCCAAUCCAUAAGGAACAACCAUGCAUUAAAAUUCGUUCAAAGAUUCAAAGAUUUAGGAUUUAGAAUCCUAACACCUUCCUCUCUUCCAAUUCUAAUUCAAUUCCAUGUUGAUUCACUGGUAUCUCUGAUUUUAGAGAGAGAAACAGAGAAAGGAGAGAGAAUUUCAAUUCUUUUGGGAAAAAACGAAAAAGUGUUCUUUUUUUGGUUUUAGUUAGAAUGGGAUUGAUAGUUGAGGUUGAUACCGUAGACGAGGACGCCGCUGUUUUGGUCCCGCCGCCGAAUUUCUCAAUGGUGGAGGACUGCAUUUUCCGAUCCAGUUUCCCCACUCCUUCCAAUUUCCCUUUUCUCCAAACCCUAAACCUUCGAUCCGUCAUAUACUUGUGUCCAGAGCCCUAUCCGGAAGAAAAUCUGGAGUUUCUUCGAUCGCAGAACAUUCGGCUCUUUCAAUUUGGAAUCGAGGGGAAGACGGAUGUUUCUUUACCAAUUCUCAGGGAUUCUAUUAUGGAGGCCCUGAAAGUUUUAAUUGAUGUGAGAAAUCACCCAGUUUUGAUUCAUUGCAAACGAGGAAAGCAUAGAACAGGUUGCCUUGUUGGCUGCUUGAGAAAAUUGCAGAAUUGGUGCCUAACUUCUGUGUUUGAGGAGUACCAACGAUUUGCGGGUGCGAAAUCGAGGAACGGGGAUUUAACCUUUAUAGAUAGGUUUGACAUUGUAAGCCUGAGGCAGUGCCUUUACAGUAUCAUCUACCAGUAUCAAGGAUAUGGUUCGAAGAAGCGGCGAUUGCUGUAUACAGAUGAGAACUUGCAGAAGCCCCGACUGGCAUCGUUUUAGUUGUGUGCCGGGAUUUGAAACCCUUUUCCUUUGCCCAUGAAAUGGUAGAUUUUUUAGUAGUGUCAUGGUUCAUUUUUACAUGCUCCAACUCAAAGUUUUAGGUUUUUCAGAGUACUGCUAAAGAAACGGUCUUUUUUCUUCUUAUCUUUUCUUUCUUUCUCUUUUUUAUUUUGGUUGUGUUGUUGCUAUGUUGCUAUGUUCCUUCCAUUUUUAUUUUCUCAAAAACACACACACAAUACAAAAAUGCAACCAAUUAUUUUCAGAAAAGAGGCUUCUCAUGCCACACAUUGCUUGAACUUUUGAACCAAACAAGAGCUUAGUUCAUUCAUAAGGGGAUUGGAUCCCAGUAAUUUUAUUCAUAAGAGUGAACAAUGUAGUCUGCACAUUUGGUAACAUGUUUCAGUUGUUGAAAGUUGGUUCAAACUUAAUGAAAGAUAU